AUGGACCUCUCCUCCGUCUACGCAUAUCAGAACCGCCAACACGCAUCGCCCAACGCACCCCACUCUCCCACCCCCAAAAGCUCCGCCAUGUCGCACACGGCUUUCUUCUACGGCACCCUCAUGGCACCUCCGGUCCUGCACCGCGUCAUCUGGGGCUCGCCAACACCCCCAACACCCGCACACGCCGCUCUUCUUUCCAUUCGCCCUGCAAAACUACACGCACAUCAGCGCCGAAAAGUCAGACAUGCCGAUUAUCCCGCUGUCGUACCUGCUGCACCAGAGGACGAGGUCCGCGGCACGCUCGUAGAGGGGCUGACGGACGGAGACAUCUGGCGUCUGGACAUCUUCGAGGGCCACGAGUACGAGCGUCAGAGCGUCAGAGUCAAGGUCCUCGAGGCCAAGGGGCGGGCCGGUGAUGCCGAGCACAAAGACGUCGAGGGCGAAGAAGUCGAUGCACAGACGUACCUCUGGACAGCGGGGGAACACAGGCUGGAAACAGAGGAAUGGGACUUUGAUCAUUUUGUCAAGGAGAAAAUGAGCAGAUGGGUUGGGGGAGAGGCCGCCGACGAGGGGUUCCAGGAUGUCGACGAUGCUGUCGCGGCACAGCAAGACCCUACCGGUGGCCGAGCUGCCGACGGUACCAUCACCAGGCAGCUUCAACGUGAGGACCAGGCCGAAGAGAAGAGGCUUGAAAGUGCCGUCUGA